AUGGAGAAAGAGGCAACUGAGAUUGAUCUUUCUCUCAGACUGGAGACCUUAGAAGAUGAGAAAGAAGAAGAAGAAGAAGAAGAUCAUGAUGGUAAUUUAUUACUACAACAACCGCAAGAAUUAUAUACAGAGGGUCAGAAUAAUAUUUCACUGCAGCAAAACUUGAACACGCAUGAGGAUAUUCCUGAAAUAAACUCCAACGAUAAUGAAAGUGGUUCUCAUCAUCAUCAUCAAGUUGAAAAGACAAAGAUUAAUGUACUUGGUGAUGAAGCAUUAGACGAAGAUGAUGAUGGUGGUGAUAUGAACAUUAGCGAACAGUACAGAUCAGGUCCAUCACAAGAUGAACUGGGUUUAUCUCUCAGGCUACACACAAAUACAAAUUUAGAUCUCCAAUUAGAACCUGCUGAUCAGAAACAAGAAAAGUCUGCACCCAAUUCCACACUGCAACGCAACAAGUUCCAUCAUCACUUGUCUGGAAUCACAAUGUCGCAUGUCAGCAACCCACCUAACAGAAAAGCUAGGGUUUCUGUAAGAGCCAGAUGUCAAUCAUCAACUGUCCAAAGGUGCAUAGAAGAUAUGUCAAUUUUGAUAACGACGUACGAGGGAACUCAUAAUCAUCCGCUCCCUGUUGGUGCAACAGCCAUGGCAGCUUCAACAACUUCUGCAGCUGCAGCUUCAUUCAUGUUACUAGAUUCAAGUAAUGCACUAUCAUCAUCUGCACAUGUUAAUUUACCAAAUUACCAUUACUACUAUCCCUCCAACAGUAAGACCAUGAACUCUUAUGAUCCUUAUAAGGGGAUUGUUCUUGAUCUCACAAACCAUGCAACUGAUCAAAUCCUAAAAAAUUCAGCGCCACAGUCCUGGAAUAUCCCUACAGGAACACCAUCAAUGUCGACAGAUGCUGCAAUUGCAUCUGAUCCAAAGUUUAGGGUAGCUAUGGCAGCUGCUAUCACAUCUUUUAUUAACAAGGAAAACACUACUAGUUAG